AUGUCUGCCUCUUCUGAGCGCACGAUGUCCGAUGGAACUCCAUCUUCUUCCCCAGCCCAAAACCCCCUAAACACUGCUCAUCAUUUCGUUUCCAUGAAACUCACUUACCGUAAUUUUUUAUUCUGGCGAACCCAGCUUGUGCCCUUUUUGAACGGUCAAGAACUCAUGGGAUAUGUAACCGGUGAAUUCCUGUGUCCCCCGGCGAUGAUCAAUGCCUCCCCGGCAACUGGUGAAUCCACCACCUCGACAACCACCAUGAUCCCGAACCCGGUCCAUAAGGCGUGGGUUAAGCAGGAUCAAACUCUGCUCUCUCUCCUCAUCUCAUCCCUCUCGGAUGAGGUGAUGCAUCUUGCGGUCGGCCAGACCACGUCAAAAGUUGUCUGGGACUCCAUUAAUACUGCCCUUGCGAGCUCCACCCGUGCGAAAUGCCUAGGAUUACUCGGGCAAUUCCAUGCCCUUCGGCAAGGUGGCAGCAACACUGCCGAAUAUUUAGGGCGUGCACAAUUGCUAGUUGAGGACCUCGCACAUGCCGGCCGACCCAUCAGCCUUGACGAGCAGAAUAUGUUUGUUCUCAGGGGGCUACGACAGGAGUACCGAGCCAUGGCGUCUUCGCUAACCACUGCCGGCACUCCAGUAACAAUUCCGCAGAUCGCGGACUAUCUCCAGGCACAGGAGUUCUUGCUUGUGGAGGACUAUCCAGUGGCGUCCGAACAUCAUUCCGCUGCUCCGGCCGCUUUUUAUGCAGGGCGUGGCCGAAACUCCGGGCGCAACUCAGGCGGGCAGAGUGCAGGCCGCGGCGGUUCCGGCAAUCCGGGCCGCGGCAGAGGAGGUGGAGGCGGUCGUGGUCGCAAUGGUGGCCGCGGCCCUCGGUGUCAAAUAUGCCGGGCGCAGGGGCAUACAGCCCUGUAUUGUUUCAAACGUUAUGCUCCGCAGCCCGCACCUCAGGCCAAUAUUGCCGUUCCAGGAGAUGACACGGCCGCAGGUUCGACUACCACAGGUUGGUUCCCGGAUACGGGGGCUACGGCGCAUGCUACACCCGAUGCGUCCAUGCUAUCACAGUGUGAUGAAUAUAAUGGUGGGGAUGUCCUGUGUGUUGGUAAUGGCGCAGGUUUGACAAUCUCACGAAUUGGUCAUGCCUCUAUAGCAUCUAUGUCCAAAGUUUCUAAAACACUAAAUAUGUCGAAUGUGUUAUGUGUUCCCCAAUUAUCUGUCCCGUUAUUGUCUGUUUAUCGUUUAACAAAUGAUAAUCCUGUCUAUUUUGAAUUUCACAAAGAUUGUUUCAUUGUGAAGGAUUCACUCACUCGGGCAGUUCUGCUUAAAGGUCCUACGGAAGGCGGGUUGUACAAGCUUCCUGUUCCUUCGUCACAUUAUGCCUUUCUCACAUCCCGUACCACUCCAGUCAUUUGGCACCACUUGAUAGAACAGGAUAAACCAGUAUCUAUGUUACCGGCUCUUCCUUGGGCAUCUAGCCCAGUGGUAACACAAGUGGAGUCCAUGGCUGCUGUUGAUCCGGUUGUACAGCGUUCUACGAGUCCCAUACCGUUGGCCCAAGAACCCGCUCCUUUAACUAUUAAAGGCCCUGUUUGGGCCGUUACUCGGCGGAAGCGGGUCAUGCGCACUGAGCCUCGAGAUUGA